CUGGUGGCAGAAAAUAGUGAUGAGUAACUGUGUUGGAGCGAAAUGGCCGCUGUUAAAUAAACUAUCUUGCAGUUGUUGACUGUAGACAUCUCCUGUUUUGGAGAAAAGGGAAUCGGCCCGCUUUUGCUUUUGUCUCUGAACUGGAUGCCUUGAUUCUCUGUUCAUAGAAUCAAAUUAUGGACUUGGAAGAGGCAAGAUUUGGACAGUGAAUUAGUAGAAAACCUCUUCCUGGCCUGGAUAUAAGAUACCGACAUAGAAGCCUAGAAUUAGGUUGCUUUAAUGUCUUUAGCUGUAUUUCUUUUGUAAUUUUUUUGUAUUCUAUUUUAGAUUAUUACCAAUUUUUCUUAAAACAAUUUUUUUUAAGAAUGCUAAUUUUGUUUUAGUCUACAGUUUUUAUUUUUUUCCCCAUCAUCUGCUAGUGGUCUGCGCUAUACUGUUGGAAUUCAAAGCACAUUUGGAGGGAAAUCUGGAUACCUCACAGAAGGACAUCUGGAUCCAAAAGCUGCUCACACUUUGUGGCGAUUUUUUAAAAAAGAGACUUGGAAUUAUGAGUUUAUAUGAUUGGUGAUUUGGUCUGGAAAAUUUUCCGAAUGUCAUCGUUAUUUACUUCAGGCAAGUUGGACACUGAUAGUCCUUGAGUUACAACAGGGCUAGAAUUUCCCUCACUAACUUUGUUAACCAAAUUGUAAGCCAAGGACCCACCCUGAUCCAAGCCCUUCCUGUUUGGACUCUUCCAGUCCCGAGUCUCUGUUAUUUCAAGGGGAAUGCUUUGCAGAAAAAAUAAGAAUAAUAACGAUUUCCUCACCGUAUGUCCACUUCUUCACUCGUGGCAUACAGUGUUCCGUAGCCCCUGAGAUUUGGAGAGAAGCAAUAACCUCAGGGAUCUUGGACCAGUAUGGCAACAAGCUACACACCUCCCUUUGAUGAUCCUGGAGAGGUGAGAGAGGGCUUUCUAUGCCCGCUGUGUCUGAAGGAUCUGCAGUCAUUUCAACAGCUCCAAUCUCACUAUGAAGAACAUUCAAGUGAAGACAGAGAUGUUAAAGGACAACUAAAGAAUCUUGUUCAAAAAGCAAAAAAAGCAAAAAAUAAACUGUUGAGACGAGAUGAUGAACGAAGUGAUGGUGGGUCUCAGGAACGAUAUGAAGGCUACAGUUAUGUUGGAAUGGAUCCAUAUAUGUGGGAACUGGAAGAAUUAGGUGCUAUAAGGAGUCAUCUUUCUGAUUUUAAGAAACACAGAGCAGCCAGAAUUGAUCACUAUGUUGUGGAAGUCAAUAAAUUAAUAAUCAGGUUAGAAAAGCUUACUUCCUUUGACAGAACAGUUACAGAUUCUGCAAAGAUAAGAGCAAUAGAGAAAUCUGUUGUGCCUUGGGUUAGUGAUCAAGAUGUACCAUUUUGUCCAGACUGUGGUAACAAAUUCAGCAUACGGAACAGGCGCCAUCACUGCCGCCUCUGUGGGUCUAUCAUGUGCAAGAAAUGCAUGGAACUGGUCAGUCUCCCCUUUGCAAGCAAACUUACUACUGCUAGCAAGGAAGUCUUGGCCUCUCAUACUAGCCCCAGCUGCUCACCCAAUAGCAUCCAGGGCUCUCGACGAGGUAGCAUCAGUAGUAUAAGCAGUGUCAGUUCUGUUUUGGAUGAAAAGGAUGACGAUCGAAUCCGUUGCUGUAGACACUGUAAAGAUACGCUGCUCAAAAGGGAACAACAGAUUGAUGAAAGAGAAUAUAUACCAGAUAUCGUGAAACUGUAUGAGAAACUCCGAUUUUACAUGGAAAAAGCUGACCAGAAGGCCCCAGAAUACAUAAAGAUGGCAGAAUCAUUAAAUGCUGGAGAGACAACAUACAGUCUUGAACGUGCUAGCAAUCUUAGAAUAGAAGUACAGAGAAUGUAUGAAUUAAUAGAUGCUUUAAGCAAGAAGAUUCUGACUUUAGGGCUGAAUGAAGAUCCACAACCUCAUCCAAGAACUUUACAGCUACAGAGGAUGAUUAGAUAUUCAGCUACACUUUUUGUUCAGGAAAAAUUGCUUGGCCUAAUGUCUUUACCGACCAAAGACCAGUAUGAAGAACUGAAAGAGAAAAAGAAACAAGACUUAGAGAGAAAACUGCAAAUGGAGAGACUGGUGAAAUAUGAACCCCAGAGACGACAAGAAGAGAAGCCAGCAAACUACGCUUCCAGAUCUUUAGCAGUGUCCAAUGGUGAGGUCCAUCGAACAAAAAGGGUCGCAGUGAAGAAAGCUGAAGGAUGGCUACCUACUGCUAGCAUAUCUCGGAACCAGGAACUCACAGACCCACUUCUUCAACAGAUAGAUAAUAUCACGUCCUUUAUUAAGCAGGCAAAGGAAGCCAAUCGUCUGGACGAAGUCCAAAUGCUGCAGGAGAACCUGCGACAGCUUCAAGACGAGUACGACCAACAGCAAACAGUCAAAGCCAUCGAACUUUCCAAAAAGCAAGCAGAGAUGGAGGAAAUGCAGAGAGAACAAUUGCAGAUCCUUUGUGAAAAAGAAUGGAAAAGAGAUCAUAAAAAAAAGAUGUCUCAACAUUCACGGACCCGUUCUCUGGAUUUCAGAGAAGUGAAGCAUGAUAAACUUGAGAUUGAGAGGGGAAGUAUAAACCAAAUAGCACAGGCCUUGGAUCUAGAUAAGCUUCAGGACAAAGAUUACGCUGGUUCUAAGGCUGCUUUCCCAAGUGAUGGUAUUGGAUUGCCAGAUAGCAAGAAUCUGGUUUUGGUUUGCCAACCUGUAAAAGCCUCAGAGUGUGAAAAAUCCUCCAUAAAUCCAUUUGAAGAUCCUUUACUAAUUAGCCCUCCAAAGAGUGACCCUGAAAGUCCUGUUGCUGAAAAGUCUGCAGUAGUUCCCUUGCCUAUCAAUACUCUGCAGAGUUAUAAAAGAGAGUAUAAUCCAUUUGAGGAGGAGGAGGAGGAGCAGGAUUGUCAACAGGCAAACGGCGUAGAGCUCAGUGCUCCAAAUCCAUUUGAAGAUUCUGUUGGAAAUCCAUUUUAUACACCUGUAAGUAACCAGGAAUCUGGGAAUCCAUUUGAAGAAUCAUUGUCUUCCUCUUUGAAUCCUUUUGAAGUUGAAAGUGGUCAUGAAGUUUCAAGAGAAGAUGUCAUAGAAGAGGAAUUACUUCUCCAACAGAUUGAUAAUAUCAAAGCAUAUAUUUUUGAUGCCAAACAAAGUGGACGAAUGGAUGAGAUAGAAGUAUUGACUGAGAAUUUGAAAGAACUUAAGAGCACACUUGCAAAACAGAAGAAGAAAUUGAGCUGCUGAAGUAUAUCCGCAUAUUUUUGCAACUCCCAAAGGGAGGGAAGUCCAUCAAGGUAAAAUGAGAAAUACAUUGCAAAAGGCACUUGGGUGCUGAAUCAGACUUAGGCACUUUGGUAUAGGAAUUUCCACUAUUCAAAUGUGUAAAAGUCAACACUAUUUAAAAUGUUGUAAUUACCCAAAACUGUUUUUCAAAUACUGAAAGUCUGUAUUUGUAUCCCAACCCAAAUUUAGGAGCACAAUUGUAUUUCUCAGCACCUGCUUUAUUUCUGAUGUAAAAUUCAAAGGGGGAAAUUGGGCAUUUUAAAAUGCAGGAAAUUAUUUGCAGUCCGUAUGACUUCUGAAUUUAUUUUCUGUCACCAGGUAGGGUUGUAUUUGCUUAAAAAAAAAGUGCUUCAAACCACCUUUUUGCUUCCUAAGGCAGAAGCAACUUGUGUAGCAACCUGGAAAACCUUUUGCUGCUUCAGAGAAACAUGGUGCUCACAUGAGUCCAUUUCUUCAGAAUUGUGUUUGAUUCUUGCACAGCCCAGCUAAUAAGGAAUUAAUAUUGUGUUAGAAAUUCUCAGUUUUCCUACCAACUUUAUAUUGGGGAAGCAGAAGAGAGAAAAUAACUUACUGUUCAAUAGAAUAAAGUCAUUCAUUGGUAAAGCAACAUAUAUAUUUCUAAAAACAUAUGUACAUAUGUUUUAGAAAACAAAUGCAUAAAUCCUAAUUAGACAUCAUGUAUUUUUUCCUUUACCUGCUCUUCAGCUGAUUAAACUAUUUUAAUAGCUUUUUCUAGCCUAUUCUAGACUACCUUUUGUAAGAAUGUUGAAACUUUUGUCAGUCUCCCAAAACUACGUAAUUUCCAGGCUUGUAGAAAUGUCAUAAUAGGGAAACUGUUUUCUGCUUACAAAAAUUAGAAGAUUUGCAUCCAGAACUGUGCUUUGAGGGGAACUAUCCUAGGUGUCCACUUAAAAGUAUAAAUGAAAAACUAGAAACCCAUUUUUCUUUCUGAUUUGAUUUCUGUCUAGGAUUUAAGAAAAUGUUCAGUGUAGAAUUAAAGGAAAAAAGCGCUUUUAAUAAACCCAGAGACCAAGAUGAACACAUUUCAGAAAAAGGAGUGUUGACACACCACCUCAAUUUGUUGUUUGGAGGAUAACAGAAUAACCCCGUUAUAUGGAGGCUAUGAAAUUCUUAAGGUUGAGCUAUUCAUUUGUAAAUGUAAAGAUUUUUUUUCCUUUUAUUGAUCUGCCAGUUAUGACGAGAAAUGUUUAGGGAGUGUUAAAUAAUGUCUGGUUUCAGUUGUACGGAAUGAAUUUUAUUUGGUUGCGUUUUACUAUUUUGGGACUUAAAUCAAUUUUAAUUAUUUACACUGGAAGAACUUACUUGGAGAGUAUUAUGUACUUAGGGGAAUGGGAAGAAGGCCCAAGCAUUAAUCAUUAAUCUGAUUUUGACAAAUGUUUCCCAUUUAGAAAUGCUGGUAGAGAUGAUAUUGUACACAAUAUAUGAGGACACUAAAUGUUACAUUCCUCAAAUAUUAGAAGUAGUAUGGUCAAGAACUAAGGCAGCACUUUAUACUUUCAGCAUUAAGUAUUACAUGUUAUUCAUUUGUUAAUUCAUGAUAUUCAUAUUUUUUUAGCUUUGAUGUCAUGCAUCAUAACUCAGCUAAACUCAGUGACAGCCUGUUUUAAUGAACCUUGAGUUCCUGUAGAAACUGAGCUGAACACUGCCCAUUGGGCUAUAUAAUAGUCUAAGGAUUCUUUUCUUUUUUUAAAAUGGAAGCAUUCUGGAAAUUUACAGUGCACUAAACAGGACAGAGUUGGAACAUAAAAAUAAGUGAUAAAAUAUUUUUAAAAACGGAUACCUACAAACUGAGCAAGAGCAAAAGUGUGGUGAUUAAGGUAAAACUAUAUUUAUUAAAGACAAGGCCACAAACUUGAUCUGUCACUCUUUUAUGUAGUCCAACCAACAUGAAUGUUUCAGUGGCUUUUUUUUUAAACCCUAUUUCCUUGUAUUAAGCAUUCUGCCUUGUUUCUAUGUACGCCAUAGUUUAUGACAUAGUAUUGAUGUAUUUUAUUAAUAAAUACAUUGGUUGUAGCACUAAUAACUGCAAGUCAAUGUGGAAUUAUCCUUCUUGAUAACCUAAUGGUUGUCCCACAUUUUGUCAGCUUUGUUUGUACUACUGAAUUGACACAAAGAAAAUGAACAAGACCAUGCCAUUAUGAGAUUUAACACUAAUGCCAUUUGUUUGUACAUUUGCAUGCACUAGUUUGUAAAGUUUCUCAUGAAAUAAAGUAAGAUUUUUGUUUCUGUGAA